AUCCUCGGUCGCCAUGAUGCAUCUCAAAACUAUAUAAAGAGUGUGCCGUGCUUCAAGAAUGUGUUAGUGCGCAAACGGUAUCGGUAUCGCGUUCGCAUCGCAGUAUAUAGGUAUUCGCAGUCCGCAAAGUAAUUUUUGCUCUCGCCUCUCGACGCAUCAGAGGAGAGGACAAUAAGGCUUGGUAGCGUAUAGUCGCCGUAUAAGUCGAAUUCGUAAUCUGUCGAUAAUAAAUACCUUAUCAGUACCUAUUCUAUUAUACCCUGGAUUUAUAGCGUUUUCUAUCAUAAUUGUGCUUCAGUCCCUGUAUCAGUAGUAAGGAAAAAUGGAGGGUUUCGCUCGAGCACCUGCACCUUUGUCUGAUACAAAACCAAUGGAUAAAACAUGGAAAAUGUGGAAACAAGAAUUUAUUAUUUUUCUCAAAGCAGCUGGUUUUGAUAAGAAAACAAACGAGGAAAAGGCAUUCUGCCUAAUGAAUCAAAUAGGAAGAGUAGGCUUGGCAGCAAUGCAGGAGAUGCAGUUAGAUGACGAAGAGGAAAAGGACUUUGACAUUUUGAUAAAUAAGUUUGAUGAAUACUUUGAUCCACCAAAGAGGGAAACUGAAGAACGUUUUAAAUUUUACACAAGAUCAAAGAAGAAUAAUGAGCCAAUUGAAGCUUAUAUUGCAGAUUUAAAAGAGAAAGCCAAAACAUGUAACUUUGGCGAUUUAACUGACAGCCUAGUUAGAGAUAUGGUGAUUCUAGAUAUAAAAGAUAAACAUCUUAGGAAAAUACUUUUUCAAGAAAAAGAAUUAGAUUUGCAAAAAUUGACUAUGCUGUACAAGCAAUUUGAACUGAGUACUGAAAAAAUGAAGGAAGUCACUAAAAAAGCAGCUGCUGAGAAGUCAGAGGCAAAACCUAAAGAUUCUAAUGCUACAUCAGCUGAUACUAAUAAGAAAACUAAAAAUGUUUGCUGGCGAUGUGGAACAUCUCAUCCUCCUGGAGCUUGUCCUGCCUUUAAAGUCACUUGUGAUAAAUGUAAUGAAAAGGGUCAUUUUACUCAAAGAUGUACUAAUAAAAAUCCAUCUGGCAAUGCUAACAGUCCCAACAAUGCAAACACACCUCAAAAAUCAAGCAAGAAUUAUGCAAAGAGUCCAUUUAAUCAAAUUGAAAAGAACAAAACAAAAAAUUGAAAGCAGCUUCACACUCAUCAUAGUGUUUAUUUAUUACUUAUAAAUUCAAGAAGCAUUAUAUUUCACGUUAUUACCAAUUUGAUCAAGAAUAGUUAAUUUCAAUAUAAUAAAUUCAAUGAAUACACGUUGUGUGUAAAGUUUUUCUUCUAAAUUAUUCAUGAAGUAUUGGAUGUACAAAUUUUUUAUUGAAUGUUAAUUUUACUAUGAUAUGAUGUAAUAAUAUGUAUACUUUUUUACUUUUAAAUUGUAAUUCAUCAUUAAUAAAAUUAAAUUUAUAGCUUA